CCUCGCGCGGCAGUGCAGGUGCGAGGCGUCUCGGAGGAAACCUACGUAAAAAAAAAAAAACACUCUUCACAAUGUCGAUGAUGCCGCUGCUGCUGCGCGACUGGUGGGACGACGCGGACCGGCCGUCGCGGCUGUGGGACCAGCACUUCGGGCUGGGGCUGCGCGGGGACGACCUGCUGGCCCCCGUCGCGCCCCUGCUCAAGUCCCGGGGCUACAUCCGGCCCUGGGGACUGCUGGGCCGCCAGAACAGCGGCCUCUCCACCAUCGCUGCCGACAAGGACAGCUUCAAGGUGAUCCUUGACGUGCAGCAGUUCUCCCCCAGCGAGCUGACGGUGAAGACGGUCGGCUCCGAGGUGGUGGUCGAGGGCAAGCACGAGGAGAAGCGGGACGAACACGGCUUCGUGUCGCGCCACUUCGUGCGACGCUACCUGCUGCCGCCUGACACCGACCCCAAGGACGUGCAGUCCAGCUUGUCCAGCGACGGCGUGCUCACCAUCACCUCGCCGAAGAAGGCGGAGCCGAACGCCCCCGGGGAGCGACUCGUGCCCAUCGUCCAGACGGGACUGCCCGCCGUCAAGCCGACCACGGAGACGACCCUCCAGCCGACCAUCGAGCAGCCGGAGACGCCCAAACCAGAACACUGAAGGAACAAAGACUGAUCAACCCCCUUUUCCUUGCGCUGUUCCCAAGAGCGUCGUUUCAACCCUCGGCGCUACGGUGGCGAGCUGCUUGCCUGCUGAAACUGAUCCGCGCUUCAUAUACUACAUCACGGAUACGUUUGUAAAAAUGCAACAACGUUAUGUUUCCACAACAUUGCAUAAAUGUGUCUGAAAAAUGGCAAAGAAAUGUAUUUGUAAUUUUAAAAUAUUUAUUUAACUAAUACAAGUAUUUUUAAUAUUAAAAAAGGUUGUUUUUGUAAACCUAUCACAUUUGUGUUAUUGCCACAGCAUUAUUUACACGAACGCAUAAACUAUGCCGCAGAAACAAUGGUUACAAAUGUUGGGUGUUCAAACAAAUUUUGCACGAACAGUAGGUAAACCACUCUCAUUAAGGCACUUUUUUUUUCAUGAACGCAUAAACUAAAUAAAUUGUAGGUAUAUAGGUAACGGAACUAUAUAUUCAAAACACUGAAGUUUUAACUGUUAACUCUUUACCAUACAGAAUGGCGGAGGAAAAGAAAUGGAUAGUGGUUUCCCCCCAGUAAAAAUAAAAUAGAAAUGGAAGUAUAAAAUAUACAUUUUUGAGCAUUUAAAAUGUUUAAAGUAGAUUUAUACUUUAUUGUAAGUCUUCAAAUAAGUAACUUUAACGGUUUUACCAUAAAAUUUUUCAAUAGCAGCUGCAACUUGCUCAUGUGUCACUGUCCCCUGUCAAUGUCAAUGUCAUUACAUUCAGAACGCGAUUUGGGCAUCCUCUUAUCUCCUGGAAUAAACGAAGUCCUUCAGAGUUUCAUGCAAGCUAAUGAAUCAGUAUUACAGUCUCGAGAUGCUUUGACUGUCAACUAGGAACCACCCUCUUCCCACAGCGAAACGUAUAAGCUCAUCGAGUUAGACUUCGUACAGGAGUGCACCAAAAGAAUAUGAUUCAGAAUGACUAGUUAAAAUACGAAUACGGUAACAAAUUUGGUGGAAAGUUGCGAGUCAUACACAGUCGGUUAAGAGGUUUGCACCAAUUUCCCCAGAGAGAAUUAUAUGUUUGAUAUCUAAUUAACUUUAAUAUGUAUAAUAAAUAAGCCAAAGUAUACUAGGAUCGAUAUAUUUAGAUGGGCAGGUAGAUAAUUCCAAAUUGUUUCUUAUGUCAUUUAAAAAUGCAACAUAUUGUAAACACAGACAUUUCUUCAGAAAUUAUAACAUAAUUGUUCAUGUGUUUUGUCUAUUGAUGUUUCCGUAUUUAUAUGAAAGAAAAAAUGGCUACUGUGAUUAUCAAAGUUCUAUUGAUACUAUCAGUUAAAAUUGAAGGAAUUUGUUAAAGGAUUAAAGCAACACUUAUAAAAUGUAAUUAUGUUAAGAACUGUACUCUGUUAAAAUUCUACGUACCUUAAAAACUAUACUUUUUGUAGGAUGAAAAAAUCGUUGAACCUGUCAUGAUUGGAAGUGUUUUUGCAGAUUAUAUUUGACUUUACAAAUAUA